UAAAAAUCGUUAAAUCUAUAUAUUUCAACAAAGAAACAUGAAUAUUAAAAUCGCAGGCAUUUUCAACAUCAUAGCUUUAUUGUUGUUGGUUGCUGGGGCUCUGGCUCCAGGCUGGGUAGUAUUCGAGCAGUCUUCUGGCAAAGCGGUCCAUAUUGGACUCUUUUAUGCAGUCAAAAAUGGAUAUUCUUCUAGUUUAGCAUUUGUUGGAUUCAUAGAAUUCCAGAUAGAAGUGAUCAUUGGUAUCAUACUGUGCAUAAUUGCCACCAUUCUAAUAUUUGUGUAUGCUAAUGGACAGAAAGCUCACAGCUAUCUUAUGGCUCCUGUUAUUUUGAACCUGAUAGCAGGUAUUGUUACAUGGGUGGCAGUUGGGCGAUUUUUACAAGCAGUUUUAAUACUCGAUCACGGAUAUGACAUGGGAGUACCCUACUCCCUGAUACUUAGUGGUCUGGGUGGAGUCAUGUUAUUCGUUAUUAUGGUCGUUCUUAUUGUAAAGAAAACACAAGACAGUAAUCAAAUUCAAACACCACAAAGAAUUGUCAUGGCAGAUACUUCAAAACCUCAAGUGAAUAUGGGUUAUAGCCAGGAUACACCAUAGCAAAAUGGAAUUCCGCCAAAAUAUGGCGUAUAAGAUACUAAAAACCAUGCAUUUGUACAUAUAUCAUUCACAUGUAUUCAGAUAUGACACGUCAAUGAAAUAGUUUCUGUAAAAUAGAGUACUGAGAGCAACAAAUAUCAAAUAAUGUACCUUUUUAAAAAAAUAAAAAAAUCAUUCAAAACUGUUAU